AUGGCGGCAGCCAAGCAGACAGAACCAAAGAGAAGAUCAGAAUUCAGAAAUGGGAUGACUUACGAUCGCCUGAGGUUGACGAUGUCGUUGAGGGGAGUCAAAGACCUUGUCGCGAUGUUAGCCGUCACCUCCACAAGGAUGUCAGAAGGGAGCCCAGCGAUGUUCAUGCCCAAAUCUGCCAAGCUCGCGUUCGCCGUCGUCCUUUGCCUUCUUGAGGCUUCUCCUACGGCCAAACAAGCACGUGUAAGCAUAGCUAAUUGUAGAAAAGUCGUAGGAGGUGGAAAAGAAGUUGGUCUGUGGUCUUUAGAUGGUCCUGGAAUCUGA